UCCGGGUUCCCUGUAUGAGGCAGCGCCUGGUCGCAGAAGCGGUUGAGUAACCCAUGCAGCCGUUCAUGACCCAAGACGGCACAGCAGCACCCCCCGGGACUCCUUCUCUUUGGUCCUGUAAAAGGAAGAGGAGCUACCUUACAGCGGAGCACAGCAACGGCUGUCGGGACCAAAAGGACCGGCUUACACCGCCAUAGUUGUCAGCGAUUGCCUGUCUUAAGCUGAAAGUCAAUGCGGUCCUCUUUCGAGUGCCUUCUAGAGGAGUAGCGCCGGGCUUGCCGUUAUGCUCCACUUUCUCCUUAUUGGCAACUCCUACUUCCAAAAUUGAGAAACCCUAAAUAACCUGCGGGUAAAAGUAUAAGCAUCCCCCUACGGAGAAGUUGUCCAAUAAAAGGUUGGAGGGACCCAGAUAAGCCGGGGGACGCCUCCAGAAGGCAGUGGAUCUAUCCUACCCUCCCAGCCAUCAUGGACUGGUUAAUGGGGAAGUCCAAGGCGAAGCCCAAUGGGAAAAAGGCACCGACGGAGGAGAAGAAGCCUUACCUGGAGUCGGAGUACACCAAAGCACGGGUGGUGGACUUCGACCUGAAGGAGUUGGUGGUGCUGCCCCGAGAGAUCGACGUUAAUGAAUGGCUCGCCAGCAACACGACAACCUUCUUCAAUCUCAUAAACCUGCAGUACAGCACAAUCUCCGAGUUCUGCACUGGAGAGACCUGUCAGGCCAUGACGGCAUGCAGCACGAUAUAUCAUUGGUAUGAUGAGAAGGGAAAGAAGACAAAAUGUACAGCCCCACAAUAUAUAGACUUCGUCAUGAGUCUGGUUCAGAAGCUGGUGACAGACGAAGACAUCUUCCCCACAAAAUAUGGUAAGGAGUUCCCCAGCGCUUUCGAAGCUGUGGUGAAGAAGAUCUGCAGAUACCUGUUCCAUGUGCUGGCUCACAUCUACUGGGCGCACUUUAAGGAGAGCGUGGCACUGGAGCUGCAGGGCCACCUGAAUACGCUGUAUGCACAUUUCAUCGUAUUUGUAAGGGAGUUCAACCUGGUGGACCCCAAGGAGACCUCCAUCAUGGACGACUUGUCAGAGGUCCUUUGCACACCCCUGCCCGCCGCACAGAACCACGUAACGGAGAGAUGAGCCGGCCCGUAUGCAGCCUGUGCAGUGGGAGGAUCCGGAACGGGGAGGGCUGAGCUGGCUGAGCUGCCGUCGGCACUUAGAGACCUUCCAGACCCUGAAUGUGGCUGUGAGCAGCGGGGCCAUCACACCAGCAGGAAUUGGUGUGCGCUAUUUUCCUGGCGGAUCCCGCCUACCCGCCCAGCCCUUUAAAUAACAAUCAUCUUUUUGUUUUUUUGUUUCCUUUUAUUUAAUUUUCUUUUACCCUCCAUACUCCCUGCUGUUGUAUUUCCCGGAGCGUUUCUGUUCUCUCUUCAGUUUCCUCUCUGCUCUCAUCCUUGCGCGGUGGCUUUGCCAGUGUCCAGAGUCCUAUGGUAUGAUGUUACUAUGGAUAUGAAACCCAGAGAGUGACCUUUCCAGCUGGCACAGCUUUAGGGUGAGCCCGGGCUCCGUCACUGUCCCGUACCGGCAGGGUGACCCCGGGCUCCAUCACUGUCCCGUACCGGCAGGGUGAGCCCGGGCUCCGUCACUGUCCCGUACCGGCAGGGUGAGCCCGGGCUCCGUCACUGCCCCAUACCACAGCCAGCCUUCUGCUUGGAUUGACCCUUCUUUCCUCACUUUGUUUUGGAUUUUAUUUUGGGAGACAGGCACAUUCUGAGAGGCCUUCCCACUCAGGACACGUGAGGGCAUAUGUUACUGCUGCCAACUGCGGAGAGAGCCGCGAGAAAAUACUGUUUUUAUGUUAACACAGUCUCACGUGUAAUAUUGAAGUCAAGUAAUCUGGUUGCCACUUAACUAUAUGUUUGUAUGUAUGUAUGUAUGUAUGUAUGUAUGCUUCAAAGCUCUGGUGUGCAUGGAGACAACAUAAAGGACAUUAGUCUUUGACUCAGAGGAAGCAGACCCUGCAAUGUAGAACUUUUGGUUUUGCUCAAAAACACAGAAUGAAUUGAAAGUCUGCACUGGGGUGCCCCCUGUGGCACUGGUAAGGUUUGUUAGGGUUUUGGGCCAAUGAAUGAUGCUGCUGCUGCUUUUACUCGCAUAACCAGCACAACAUGAGGACAAAGACAGUUCGUACUGUCUGCUGUACAUGCAACCCCCCCCCCCCCCCAAACAAAAUAGACAUACACAUUCUGUUCAGGGGGCUUAUAGUAGUCAUGAUAUGGCCGUCUGCCCUUUGCAAGCUCGCAAGGGGGUUUUUAAAACUGCGCUGCCCCAACUGACCACCUUGCAUAUGACAUUUCCAUCCCCAGACGCCACCCACCCCAUGUCUUGCCUGUCCUCUGACAAAGGCUUGAGUGUGUCUGUCUGUCUGUAUGUGUGUGUGUUUGCACACUGAUGGGACGGCAAACCCAAGAGAGAGAAUGGUAAUUCCAGUAAUCACUGUGUAUGACUCUGUCACAGGCAGUAGAGAGAGCUUUCUUUUUGGACAGCCUCUGUGUUUGAGGAGGGAUUUUAUUUAUUUCUUUUUUUUAAUAUUUGCAGGGUUCUUCAGUUCUGGCUUUCGUUUUAUGUGUUUUUAAUUAUCUAAGUUAAAAGCAUUUAAUAUUUUAAGCUCUGCAAAUUAUAAUCUAAUAAAAUAUAAAAUAUA